CGACGGGUUGAGAAUUAGGUUGGAUUUGUCCAUCGUUUUAUUCUUGAAACAGACACAGAUAACAGCCGCACCUCGUCAUCGUAGAUUAUGGCUCGGAAUCACGUUUGGGGAACCUGUAUGAAUGGGGAAGUCGAAAUCAUACUUUAUGAUGAUGAGAAAUAUCGCGAACAAUCGAUGGAUGUGUUGAGGAAGUCUUUUUUCCUGAAUGAAAUGGUUUGCAUAGGGGCCGAGAUCAAUCUAAAUCUGCAGGCACAGAAGGAUUUGGAACAACUUUGCCUGGAUGUGGGGCGUAGGGGCGUUUCGCUGAUUGCUAGACAUGUUUCUAGUGGUGAGAUUGUGGGUGUAUCGUUUAAUGUUCUACAGACCCGAAGCGCCCCGGGUGAUUUGAACUACUUUGAAACGUUUCGCGAUGAUCAUUGCAUCUCGGAGAACUCUAAAUGUACAAUGAAUUACAUGAUAACCAUGGACUCGAAGGUGAACCUGUUCGAGAAGUUUAACAUCGAUUGCCUUCUUGAGAUCAUGUUUAUUUCAACUCUACCCGAAUAUGAGGGUAAAGGCAUCGCCUCGAAGCUGGUUAACUGUGCGGUGGAGUUAGCCAAGCUCUUGAAAGCCGGACAGGCCACCGAAUAUUUGCCGGAAGAUGAAAGGCACAAGCAACCAAUGUUGGUGUCGGCGUUGUUCACAUCGAGAAUUUCCCAACGCGUUGGCGCCAAAUGCGGCUUCAACCUAAUCAACGAAGUACCUUUCGACGAAUUCGUUUUCCGUGGCAAAUCAUUCACGGAACGAAUCGGUCCCGAGCACCCUACAUCUUUUUUAGUGGCUAAAGAUAUUUGAGCGAUAACAACGAUUGUAGCCAACAACUAUGUAGAUACCUAGUUUUACCAUGUGAUAAUACUAACACAUUAUUCAAAUUAUGUU